AACACCAAACGCUAAACAUUUUUACCGUCGUAAAUAAACGAGAAUUUCGUCAAAAAAAAGGAAUUUUCCAAUCUGCGGUGGAUUCAGAGGCAACAACACCAUGAUGGAGGUGUGUGGCAGUGUGCUUACCAACGCCAGGUACGAGUUGUUCCGGCUGAAGUGCAUCUACUGCACGAUAGAGAGCGAGCUAAAGGACUGGGAGCUGUUCAUUGUCCAUGUGAAGACGGCCCACUAUUGCGAGGAGGAGGACACUAAGAUCAGCGAAACCAAGCAGGAGUCGCAAGAGAUGUUCGUUGCCGUCGAUGCCUCCGAUCCCGCCAUAGCCUAUGGUCCGGAUGAGUUAUUUGAGGUGAUCGAAGACAACAAUGCGGAGGAAAAAUGGGUGCUAGCUGAUGCCAAUGAUUUUCAGUACGUGGAAGAAGCCACCGCUUGGUCGGACCCCAAUGCCGAUUACCAACCAUAUGGGUCUCAGGAAACAACCCCAAAGGAAACCAUGAAAAUGGAAGAGUCAUCUCAAAACCACAUCCCCUUAAGCAAUGAUCAAGAUGACGGCGAGUGUAGUGAUUUUUACGUGUCUGAGGAUGACGUAGCACCGCCAAAGAAACGUCCGGUGGGACGUCCGCCCAGGCGAACGAGACCAGGACAGGUUUUCAAGUUCAAAGUGUCGUUUAUUCGGAGCAAUCCCCGUGUGCUGCACCUCAUUCACGCCUACAAGGAGCAUCCCUGCCUAUGGAAUCCCUCGCAUGAGAACUACCAGGAUGAGGAGGCGCACAACAUGGCCUAUGAGGCAAUCAUGGAACGCAUGGACCGCCGGGCCAAUGUUCUCUUCACCGUGGAGGAGCUGAAGAAAACCAUCGAGCAGCUGCACAUCCAGUACACGUUGGCCCUGGAGACCAAACAAAAGGGCAAGCUGGUUGGCCUGGCGGAGCGUUACUUUGCCAAGUGCGAAUACCUCAGUGUGGCGCCCAGCAUAACGCCCAAAGAGAACGAGGAGGAGGACGACGACUUGAUUGUUAUUAAGCUAAACUUUAAGGAGGAAAACCUGGUCACCACCUCUUUCAUAGAGACCUAUGCCAACUAUCCGGGGCUCUACAACCCCGACCUGGCCGAGUUCACUUCGGUGGAGGCGCGCGCCAAUGCGUACCGACGUUUGGCCAAGGAAUUUCAGCCAGUGGUGAAGGCCAACGAGACGGACGUUUAUAUUGCGGUCAACAAGCUCCGCCGUUGGCUGUACGAUGCCAUGCGCCGCCUCAGAUCGAAGGAGUUGAUCCAGAAGUGCUGCCAGCAGGAGGUGCAGUAUCUGCGCAUGUGCAGCUUCCUGCCCGCCAAGGGUUCCGAGAGCUCGGUGCUGUACUGCGACUACUGCGAGAAGCGCUUCCACGGCGACUACAACCUGCGGGUGCACAUCUUCAAGGCUCACCAGGUGGGCGACCUGCCGUACCUCUGCUCCCUCUGUCCGAGGCGCUUCGACCGGCAGGUGGACAUGGACCGCCACAAGCUGCGCACGCACUUCGAGCGAAAGCUGAGGUGCCAGUACUGCAACAAAAGCUUCGCCGUGGACAACGACCUUAAGGUGCACGUGCUCAUCCAUACGGGCGAGAGGCCUCACGUGUGCGACAUUUGCGGCAAGACGUUCCGGCUCAAGCUGCUCCUAGACCACCACGUCAACGGGGUCCACCUGAACAUUCGCCCCUACAGCUGCGACCUGUGCAGCAAGACCUUCCGCAAGAAGUUCGAGCUGGCCAACCACAUUAAGGGCCACUUGAAUAUCCGUGAUAAGAAGUGCGAGUACUGCGAGGCCACAUUCUACGAUCAUUCAUCGCUCUCCCGACAUCGUCGUAGUCACAAGAUGGGAAUGAGUUAAACAUCAUCAUUAAUUUCAAAGCAUUCAGAAGUUGUGCCGUUUUUUUAAUUACUAGUAAAAUCUCUUCAUUUGUCUUAAAACCUGAAAUAAACAUUACGUAUUUAUCAAGCGUUUUUUAUUUUUCUUACAAAUUUUUGUAAAUCAUACAUGCACUUUAGUAAUAAUU